AUUGUAGAGGGCAGCAGUGUAGAGGAAGUAGCCAAGAUCACGUCACAUUCUGCUUACAACACGGUUGAGGGUCCGCUGUGGCGGGCACGGCUGAUAGUUUGCCCGUCCGAUGAGCCCUGCAUGUUGCCUCACAUCAAGAAGGCCUUCCCAUAUCAGUGCCAUCUGGUUAUUGAUAUGCACCACGCGGUCUACGACGGCUUAUGUAACAUGGUGAUCUCGCAGAUGAUCUUCAAAACAUUGGACAGCGUCUUGGACGGAACUCAAAUUGACGAAAGUCAGGUUGGUGAGUUCCGUGAUCGGAGUGAAAUCAGGGCAUUAGAAGCUAGAGUCAAAGAGUCCUUGGAGAAAGACACACAUAGGCUGAAAGGACUGCUGGAGGAGCGUUACAAGAUACAGACGAGAGUUCCUCUUAUCACUGAGGCCUUUGGGGAGCCAAAAGGAUCUCUUCCAAAUACCAACACUUUAACACCAGAUAUCCUGGACCACAAACUCUUAGAGAUUUUUAGCGCAAAGUGCAAGGCACACAAGGUCACCUUCAAUUCAGGCUUCAUCGGGGUGAUGAGGGUGGCGCUAAUGGAGCUGGUGCGCGAUGCUGGCAUUGUGCGAGACUCCUAUAAUAUCUCUACACUUCAUCCCAUCAACACUCGCCGUUACAUGAGUAACGUGACUUCCAUGGUGUGGGGCUUCCAUGGCAUGCCCAUGACUCUGGACAUGGCCACGCCUUGGGACGCCAGCAACAACUUCUGGAAGCAUAUCGUGAACAUUGACACCAAGUUCCGUGAGCGCAUCAGGAAGAUAGGUCCUGUGGAGGACUUAGUAUUGGACACCAUGCUGAAGCCAAUGCUCCCAGAGCGUGGAAGUAAAACAAUAUAUGAUAUGAUGAUUACCAACACAUGGACACCAACGAUCAAAACUAUUGGCAAUGGAAAGCACGUUCAUAUGACUCACUUCCGUGGCUAUACUUCUCUUGAUGGCCUUGAUAGGAAAAUUAUAUUGGGACUCUUUGGCUUCAAAAACUGGGUACAGUCACAGUUGGCUUAUUCCUCGGAAUAUAUCACAAAGGAGAAUGCUGGCAGGUUGUCUGAAAGAAUGACCACGGUGUUCAACAACGUUGCCACGUCAAAGGAUUAAAGGUGUGUACACAAUUAUUACAUUUUCCCGUAUCGUUUCAUCGUUGCGUAUCACCCAUUACUACGCAACAGGGUAUUGUACCCACUUGUUGCGUAUCUGCGUGCUGUAUCAUCGUUGCGUGGUGCAACAGUAUCAUUCAGUUUCUUCCUGACCGUAGCCAUGAGUGCUGAGGCUGCUUGUAUUUUUAAUCAUGAACAUCAAAUCAGUAAAAGGAAAAAAAGUCAUGGCUAUGCAAGUAGGAAGAUGUACAAUAUAUAUAUAUAUAUAUAUAUAU